AUGAACAAUCCAAGUGGUUUUCUUGAUGAAAAAUCUUCAAAAAAUAUUGAUAAAACAAACGUAUAUAGUGAUAUUGAUGGAACAUUUGAUUGUACAUUGAUCAAAUAUACUGAUAAUAAUCAAACAAUCUUAGAUGAAAUUCAAAUAACCAUUAUUAAUGAAUCAUUGAAAUAUUCUUUAUUAAUACAUAAUAAAUCAAAUGAUGAAUCAAGUAUUGAUGUAUCAGAUAGCAAUAUUGAAUUAGUCAAGUCUAAAUUUGAUUCAAUAUUUCAUGAUUUAACAGGGAAUUACUGGAGACAUCGUGAUCAAUUUAAUAAAAUUCCGGGAUGUUAUUAUUUAUUGUCAAAUGAUUUAGAUUCAUCGACUUGGUCAGAAGAAAAACAAAUAAUAAUAAACCGAAUAAAUAGUUUCCCUAAAUUUUUUUCAAAUGAAAGAGCAUUUAUUAAUACUAAAACCAAGUCAAUACAAGAAACAUAUUCUUAUAUUUAUGAUCGAUCAACAUGCGAAAUUUUUUUACCGGAAAUUUCAAAUGCAAAUCAAGUCAAAUCGUCGCUGUUAUCUAUUAGGCAUUUAAUUCUUCGUAUUGGAGUUAUUUAUGAAAAAGACUCAGGAACUCUAAUGACCUUUGGUAGUGGUUGUUUAAUAAAUAAUAAUCUUGUUUUAACAUGUGCCCAUAUAUUUGAUCCAAUAUUAUGGAAUACGAAUAAAAUAUCUUAUUCGAAAAUAUUAGUUGGCUUUUGCGAUCCUGCUCCUAAUAAACUUUUUUCAUUAUUGAAUCCUAAUAAAUUAGUAUUUUCAGCUAAAAUACUUCAACGUGGUUUAGCACAAGAAAAUAUUGAUAAAUAUACUGAACUUAAACAUACUGAUACAGAUCUUGCUUUAUUGAUAUUGGAUAAUGAAAUUCCAAAUAUAACAAAAGAUCAAUAUUUUAAUCCAAGAUUCGAUUUUGUUUCAUCAAAACCAGGUGAUAUUCCAUUAAAUUCAAAUCUAUAUCUCGUCGGAUACAAUGGUAAAUUAUAUGGACAAAACGACUUAACACCAUACAGAUAUUUAAAUGACUUCAAGAAUUUAACGAUUGACAAAUUGAAUAAUAGUCAUCAUGUUAAUUACAAGUCAGUUUCAAUAGGUAGUCUUAUAAAAGAAGCAUGUGAAAAUGAUCCAUAUUCUUCACAUAACUGCAGUACUUUGUCUGAUUCUAGUGGUUCUAUUAUUCUUGACUGUUACGGUAGAUUAGCAGGUAUACAUAUUGGUGUAUAUAACUCAAGAAAACAAAAAAAUAAUGAUAUUAUUUUUACUAAAGAAACAUACAAUAAAUAUAUUUCAAUUAAUUCAAAUCAAUUUCAAACAUUUAUUGGUGAAAUAAUUUUACCAAAUAUAAAAGAUGAUGAAACAAAAAAAAAAUGGUUAUUUUAUUCUAAAUAA